ACGGCCGAGCUUAUUAACAAGAGCUCACUUUUGUCCCCUGGGGACCCAACAGGCAGAAGGGGAUGGAAAGAACUCUGGCAGCCAGCCAGAGAGCCAGGGCUCAUUGUAAACAGUUGAAGGCAUCCUUAUAAUGCCCCGCUCCUAGGGAGCUCUGAGGCUUUGCUCUGGAAGUUUUCAAAGCAGCAGCAGUCUAGGAGACGACCAGAAGAGAGAGGGGGUGCGUGUGGGGGAGUGCCUGGAUGCUUUUAUUUAUUGAUUUUUUUUGGUUCGGUGGGUUAAUGGAUUUUUAGGACAAAGAAAACUAAAACCGAGCUGACCAGAAAGACUGGAAUUUCAGCUCUCCCUCUCUCUUUCUCUCCUUCACUGGAUUUACCCCUCACCCCUCAAAACCCUUUUAGACCAGAGAUUACUGGGUCAGUGACUCUUAUUAUCCCUCCUGCUCCAAGAUCAUCUUGCCUUUUAGCAUUGAAAGGAAUAUCACUACCUGAUUAGAAAAGCACUCAGAAAGCCUAUUAAUCUUUCUGGCGUUGUCAGGAUUGAUCAGCGAGUUUUAUUAAAAAAGCUCCAGGAUUUCUUGAAAGGCCUCAUUCUUCAGAUUUCAAGAAGGGGGAGCCUCCAGCCAUCUCCGCAUGUGUUGUCUGGAUCCUUCUCCAGCCUAGCCCUCUGGAGUAUGUUGAUGGUCCUGAAGGAGAAAGGGAAGCCUUCUUCUGUUUAAACCUUUUCCUUGGAAGGAAGCUGGUGGCCCCCUGAUAACAUGAACCUUCUUGGAUCCAGUGGGGUGUUUCUCUGUCUGCUGCUUGUCCUGCAAGGUACCAGCUCAUCCUUCAUCAGUCUCAACCGGGGGAUGAAGGUGGCAAAGGGCCGUUCUGCUUUCCUGUCAAGGGAGGACCUGCAGUUUUCCAUACCCAAGGAAAAAGAUGCCUGCAAAGUGGAAGUUGUGAUGAAUGAGCCUAUAACCCAGAGGGUUGGGAAACUCACCCCACAGGUAUUUGACUGUCAUUUCCUUCCUAAUGAAGUAAAGUACACUCAUAAUGGUUGCCCAAUCCUAGAUGAAGAUGCUGUUAAGUUUAGACUCUACAGAUUUACAGAGACUGAAACCUUCACUGAAACUUUCAUCCUUCGAGUUUAUCUCCUGGAGCCAGAUUGUAGCAUCAUCCAGAUGAACACCAGGGCACCGGAGGUGCCUGAGUUCUAUGGUCUCUCCAGAAAAAUCGAUAAGAACGUGCUCAGUUUUGAUUAUGAGAGAAGGAUGAAUCUGGAAUGCACCGUAAGGCUCUCUCCAUUAGAAACCGGUCUACCAGCCCAUGGUCAGAUUGUCAUUGUGGAGCCGCAACAAAGCGAACUGCGAGGAGACCAGCCCCACAGCUUUUUCCCCGAGUCCCAAUACAGAAAAGAUCAACGGUGCCCUAGUGGCAGCUGUGCCCCAGGGUUGAAGAAGAUUGAGAGUCUCAAAGUCAGCUGUGAGGAGUUUUUGCUAAUGGGAUUGCGAUAUCAGCACUUGCACCCCCCUUCUCCGAACAUCGAUUAUAUCUCCAUCAGGCUGGACCUCACUGAUAUCAGGAGUAAAUCCAUAUACAAGUCAGAGAGUGUGUGGCUGCCUGUCUCCAUCAAAGCAGCCUUUCCCAAUCAGAUCCCCAGGGCUGCAUUCAUGCCCACCUACAUUCUGGAGGUGGAUCAAUUCAUCCUGAGCUCCAUCACCACCUCUACUGUGGACUGUGAAGAUGAUGAGACACCCAAAUCUUUGCUGGUGUUCAACAUCACCAAGCCCCCUCUCCAGGGGUACUUCACCCACCUGCUGGAUCACACCAAAGAGAUCUCCUCAUUCACCUGGAAAGAUCUAAGUGACAUGCAGAUUGCCUAUCAGCCUCCCAAUAGCAGCCACAUCGAGAGGAGAAAUUAUGAGGUGGAGUUUGAAGUAUACGACUUCUUCUUUGAAAAAAGUUUACCAAUCACAGUCCACAUCUCUGUCAGAACAGCAGACACAAAUGCUCCUCGCGUGUCGUGGAACAUGGGUCUCAGUCUUCUGGAGGGACAGUCAAGGCCCAUCACCUGGGAGCAGUUUCAGAUAGUAGACAAUGAUGACAUCGGUGCUGUCCGCCUGGUCACUGUUGAUGGCUUACAGCAUGGGCGACUCACUGUAAGAGGAGGGAAAGGCUUCAUUUUCACUGUGGCUGACAUUCAGGCUGGGGCUGUUCGCUACCAUCACGAUGACAGUGACUCCACCAAGGAUUUUGUGGUCUUCAGGAUUUUUGAUGGCCACCACAGCACCCGCCACAAGUUUCCCAUCAAUAUCCUGCCUAAAGAUGACAGCCCUCCUCUCCUCGUAACAAAUGUUGGGAUUGAACUUGACGAGGGGCAAACAGUGCUCAUCCAAGGCUCCAUGCUGAAAGCUUCUGAUAUGGACUCCAGUGAUGACUACAUUUUCUUUAAUAUCACCAAACCUUCCCAGGCUGGGGAAAUCAUAAAGAAGCCAGGGCCAGGACUCAUGGGCUAUCCGGUUCCUGGUUUUCUUCAGAGAGAUCUCUUUAAUGGGAUUAUCUACUAUCAACACUUUGGUGGAGAAAUAUUUGAGGAUUCCUUUGAGUUUGUCCUGUGUGAUAGCCGCGAUCCUCCCAACCUCUCUGAACCACAGAUAGUGGUGAUACACAUUACUCCAGUGGAUGACGAGCUCCCAAAAGAGAUUCCUGGCGUCAUUCGGCAUUUGGUUGUCAAGGAAACAGAGGUGGCUCAUCUCACUAAGAAGCAUCUACAUUUUGUGGAUACAGAAUCUCAUGAUAGGGAGCUUCUUUAUACAAUAACGACACCUCCAUUUUUCUCCUUGAGUUAUGGUCGUUCUGAUGCUGGGAAACUGUUCAUGGUGGAUAGUGUAUUGAAGCUAGUCAAGGAUCCUGCAGCUCCGGGACUGAGAUCAUUUACUCAGCAUGCUGUAAACCACAUGAAAGUGGCCUACAUGCCUCCCAUGCGAGACAUAGGACCCCAUCUCCAGCACGUUCAGUUUGUUUUCUCCAUCAGUAACCAACAUGGUAGCGCUUUGCAUGGAAUUUGCUUUAACAUUACUAUUCUCCCUGUGGACAAUCAGGCUCCUGAGGUGCUCACCAAUUCCCUGCAAGUAGAUGAGGGAGGUCUGUGUGUCAUCACUACAGAGCACAUUCUGAUUUCAGACAUGGAUACAAAGCAGGACAAACUCAGACUGUCCCUCAAGAGGCUGCCGCUACAUGGAAUGGUGGAACUGGAUGGUUUUCCUCUAAGCCGUGGAGACGAGUUUUCAUGGGGAGACCUCCACGCAUUAAAAGUUAGGUAUCACCAUGAUGGAUCAGAGGUUCUUCAUGACAACAUACUCUUUGAGGCAACAGACGGAACAAAUUCUGCAGAAUUUGUCCUUCAGGUCAAGGUUUUACCAGUAAAUGAUGAACCCCCUGUCCUGAAGGCUGACCUCGUUCCCAUAGUGCAUUGCCCUGAGGGAGACGAAGUGGUCAUCACUUCAGAACACAUUCAUGCCACUGACACAGACAGCGAUGACACCAAGCUGAUGUUCAUGAUCACUCGUCAGCCUCUCCAUGGGGUCGUGAGGAAAUCUGGGAUCGCUGUGGACCAGUUCACCCAGGGAGACGUUGAUGCUGGAACUGUGACAUACCAACACACAAGUGGAGAGAUUGGCAUGGCCCCUUGUUUUGACACCAUUACUUUGGUGGUUUCGGAUGGAGAAGCUGGCCCUCAUGACUGUUGCUACCAAGAACCUGCGUCUUUCCCAUUGCCACUUCACCAUUCUUUUCCAGUGUUUGAUCUCAAUGUGACUGUGUACCCUGUGGACAACCAACCCCCAACUGUUACAACUGGUACCCGGUUUGUUGUGGAUGAGGGCUCUUCAGCUGCCAUUACCAUUAACCAUUUAAUCACUACUGACCCUGACACAGCCAUGGAUGACUUAGAGUUUGCUUUGGUUUCUCCUCCACAAUUUGGUUAUGUUGAAAAUAUAUUACCUUCACCAGGUUUUGAAAAAAGCAAUAUUGGCAUAAGUAUAGCUUCAUUUCAGUGGAAAGACAUGAAGGCUUUGCACAUAAACUAUGUGCAGUCCAGGCAUCUGAGGAUAGAGCCAACUGCAGAUCAAUUUAUGAUUUACGUCACAGAUGGAAAACAGCAUUCUGUGGAAAUCCCUUUUUCCAUUCUCAUUAACCCCACCAAUGAUGAAGUUCCUGACUUUGUGGCCCAGAAUAUCACUGUUUCUGAGGGUCAGAUGAAAGAAUUGGAUCCUUCAGUCAUCAAAGCAACUGACUUUGACGUACCAAAAGAUCAUUUGAUGUUCACUAUUACCCAUAAACCACAACAUGGCCUUCUCAUCAAUGGGAUACAUAGAAAUGACAUCCCUCAUUACAAGCACUUAAUCAGUAUCCACAAGAACCAUGAGCUUCCUGUGCAUGAUUUUUCAAUGGAGCUUCUCAAAACUGGAAUGAAAUUGAUGUACAUACAUGAUGACUCUGAGAGCCUUGCUGAUGACUUUACAAUCCAGUUGUCAGAUGGGAAACAUAAAAUCCUGAGAACUAUUUCAAUAAAGAUCCUGCCAGUCAAUGAUGAGAAACCAGUGCUGACAAAGAAGGCCGAAAUAGAAAUGAAUAUGGGUGAAACUCGUAUUAUUUCUAGUGCUGUUCUAUCAGCUACAGAUAAAGAUACACCCAGAGAGAAAAUUUACUAUUUAUUUGAAAGACUCCCAGAAAAUGGGCAGCUUCAGCUCAAGAUAGGAAGGAAUUGGGUAUCUCUUCAACCCGGCAUGAAAUGCACUCAGGAGGAAGUGGAUCUGAAUUUUGUAAGAUACAUCCAUACCGGUGCCGUGGGUUCCCAGAACCAAGAUAGCUUCACAUUUCACCUCUGGGAUGGAGACAAUAGGUCACCCACACUGGACUGUCACAUCAGCAUCAAGGACAUUGAAAAGGGUGAUAUUGCGGUCUUGUCCAAACCACUGGUAGUGUCUAAAGGGGACAGAGCCUUCUUGACUACCUCUACCCUCUUAGCUGCUGAUGGAACAGAUAAGCCAGAAGAGCUUUUUUUUGUAAUCACGUCCCCACCUCAGUAUGGCCAGUUGGAAUACAUCAGCUAUCCCGGAGUCCCUAUCACAAGCUUCAACCAGAUGGAUAUUGCAGGUCAGCAAGUCUGCUAUGUACACAAAAGCAAAGCAGUUGUUCCGAAUGACAUGUUCAGAUUCAUCGUGAGCAAUGGACUAAGGACAAAGCACGGAGUGUUUGAGAUCACACUGGAGACUUUUGACCAAGCCUUGCCUGUGGUGACCAGGAACAAGGGGUUAAGAAUAACAGAAAGUGCCAUGGCGCUCCUCUCUCCAGACAUCCUGCAACUUUCAGACCCAGACACUCCAACAGAGAACCUCACCUUCCUCUUGUCCCAGCUCCCCCAGCAUGGACAGCUCUAUCUUCGGGGGAUGGUUCUCACACAAUACAAUUUCACACAAGAAGAAGUGGACAACAUGAAUGUGGCCUACAGGCACCUGGGAGGAAACUCACAGAUUGACCAGUUUACCUUUAUGGCUACUGAUAGGACAAAUCAAGGCUUUGUUGUGGAUGGAAGAGUGUUGAAUGAACCUGUGUCCUUUACUAUUCAGGUGGACCAGUUGGAUAAAAAGGCUCCCCGUCUCAUACAUCUGAAGUACCCUUCCCAAGUGGAGCUUCUGAAAAAUGGUUGCUAUGGGAUUUACAUAACAUCUCGAGUCCUGAAGGCAUCUGACCCUGAUACAGAGGACAACCAAAUCAUCUUUAAGAUUUUACGAGGCCCCCAGUACGGACAUCUGGAAAAUACAACAACAGGUGAAUUUAUUCAAGAGAGAUUCAGUCAAAAGGACCUAAACAGUAAAGUCAUUCUUUAUGUCAUCAAUCCAUUGUCGGAAAUGAAUUCGGAUAACUUGGAGUUUCAAGUCACAGACCCCAGUGGAAAUACUGCUGCCCCUCAAACUUUGGAAUUGAAAUGGUCCCACAUUCAAUUGCCCCAGACUGAAUAUGAGGUGUGUGAAAACGUGAACACAUUGCCAGUGAAAAUCACCAGGACAGGCCAUUCUAUGGAGUCAGCCUUUGUUGGAGUAAAGGUCAACCAAGUAUCGGCUACAAUUGGAAAAGAUUUCACUGUGAAUCCAUCUAAGCUGAUUCAGUUCGAUCCAGGAAUGUCAACUAAGAUGUGGAAUAUAGCAAUUACCUACGAUGGAUUAGAAGAAGAUGAUGAGGUCUUUGAAGUAAUUCUCAACUCCCCUGUGAAUGCUGUUCUUGGCACAAAGACAAAAGCCAGAGUGAAAAUUGUGGACUCAAAAGGAGGUCGGUGCCACCAUUCACAUUCCUCUGGCCAAAUCCAGUACAACUCAUGGGGGAAAGGCAUGUGGCUCCCACUUUCCCCAGGCUCAUCAUCACCCUCCAUUCUUGAUGGGAUCCAUUUGGAAGGAAGAUACCCUUCAUCUUCCAAAGAGGGGAUAACACCCAGCAGAGGGGACAAGCUUCAGGACUUUGACUUAACUGAUAUUCCCAGGAAAAGGCUUAGGACGGUUCACCCAUCAUCUGUUUAUAGAAAUGAAACAGACAUCGUUUUUAGAUACCAUGGUAUGGUUGCUCUAAAAGUAGAGGAUGAGAGAUCUACGAUAAACAUGGAGAAGCCCAGAGAAUCUAUCAUUAAUCAGAGACCACAAAAGAAAAGCAGGAAAAUAGAACCACUACAGGCAGAUAAGAUGGAAAGAAUGCCCAAUUUACAGUCCCCCAGUCAGGACCAGUCACCAUCCUUUCCAAAGAACUGCACAUUAGCAUUAAAAGGACUCUUUCACUUUGAGGAAAGUCUCCAAAAAUUAUAUCACUGCAAUGGAACUUCAUGGAAGCCAUGGAGUCCAAAAGACAAGGAAGGGAAUGAAAGAACCUGUCCCACUGGAUGGAGCCCUCAAAAUAGCCACUGCUACUCCUUGAUUACAGAGCAAAAGGUCACCUGGAAUGAAGCUGCUCAAGCUUGCAGGGAGAAACAUCAAGGCAACCUAGCAAGUGUGUUUACAAAACAGCAUAUGCAGUGGCUAUGGGACUUCAGUGGACGAAAGUCAUUCUGGAUAGGUUUGAAUGACCAAGAUGAUUCUGGUCGCUGGGAAUGGGACGGAGGUGAACCUGUAACCUUCACAAAUUGGAGGAGAGGGGCCCCCUCACAUUUGAAGAAAAGAAAGAACUGUGUUUUGGUAAAAAGAAGGGGAAAGUGGCAAGCUAAAGAUUGCAGGAAGGGUAAAGCUCACAACUAUGUGUGUGCCAGGAAACUAUAAACACAAGUGAUGUUGGACACAUCCACCAGAGCUCCCUCACAAACUGAUUCUUUUUCACAUAUGAUUUGCAGUGUUUGUGAAUUUAUAUGUUUAAAAAUCAAUGGCCAAGGUUUAUUUAGUAAGUUUAUUUGCUGUGGACUAGGAGAGACUUCUGUAAAAGUGCCUUGUGAUUGCAAAGUUUGGUCAGUAGUUUCCUUUCUUACCUACCCCCAUGUUCCUGCAAGAAAAGAACCAUUUUUGAAUCUUAUCUUGUACUUAUAUCCACCCCACCCCUAACAAAAGCUCCAAGUCUUAUAAGAUGUAGAAGUUUGCUUAUUUAAAUAGAAACUAUUCCAAUCCUCAGCCAGUUCUGGCUUCUUACCCUCUUUCUGUCUGGCUUAUGGUUUCAUUGUCCAUCACCUCAGGAGAGGCUACCAGGAAACUUGUGUUGCAAGUUUCUUCUCAUGGACCUGCCUCUCUCUCAAUUCAGCUCCAGUAAAACCAACUAUACCAGCCAGACAAAAAUUGAAAAACAAUGAGAGAGUUGGAUCCUUUUAUCACCUUUAAGGGCGAGGCUGGGAGUGGGGUCAAUAGGUUGAAAAGUGGCAGCUCUCAGGGUAAUGAAUAAUAGUUGAAAAGAAAGGCUGUAAAUGGCUGAGUCAUGGUGUAUGUGCUUCUCUGAAAAGUCAGAGCUACUUUGAUCCUGGAUAUGCACUCAGAUAAGCAUAUAGGUGUCAAUGGACUGGUCUGCCAACUCUUUGAAGGAACAAGCAGCAUGUAUCACCCAAGAAGAUCAGUUUUCUGAAAGGAGGGUUAGCUUUGGUUCAUUCCAAGACAAUGGUUUGGUUUCCCCUUGCAGAACUAUAAUGGAAUUGAAGCCACAUGAACUUUUUUUAUAUUUGUGUCAUUUAUUGUCAUUUCUCAAAGACAUACAUGGCAUUUGGACAGACAGAAAAGGCUGUUUCCUCAAAAAUAAAUAGAUGACCAUAGAGUUGGUCAAAGAUUCCUCCUGAACACAAGACUCUCGUAGAUCACGUUGCCAAUUACCCAUGAUCUCUGAAGGGAAUCUUGAUGCAAUGAUGAAUCCAGAAUAUUCUGACCUGGUUCCAGACAUGCAAUUAGAUAAGAUUUAUGAGUGUCAAGGUACCUACAUGUGGCUAUAGCUUUAAUGUGAAACAUAUCAAUGGUAAUGGAACAAGUGGAAUUUUUAGCAGGCUAUAUUUUUCUGUUCCCAAGAUUCUAAAAGAAGUUUCAAAACAUGAAAAUUUCAUUCCAAAACCAAUUUGCCUCUAAAAAUGUUUCUUCUCUUUUUAUCUUUUCAUGAUUACUAUAAAAUAUGUGAUUUCCCUCAGUAGUAUAAUUUUAAUAUCAAAAUUUUUAAAAGGUCAUUUAACGUAUUUAUGCUAUAACAUAAAUUUUGUCAGAAUGAUGCAUUAGGUAAACUGACAGUGCUUAGACCAGGUCCUUUCUAUAACCUAAAAACAUAAUAGGCCAAGCCCUAUUUCUGGUCACAGAAAUAUCAUUUUGACCACUAGAAAUUUUGCACUGUUUUCAUAGUUUGCCAAAAAGAUGCUACAUCCUCUGCACUAACUCCCAGAUGAUUCUCUGGCUCAACUCUCUUGAUCAAUAUUCACCUGACACAAUGGCAUUAAUUUGAAUUGUUAUAAGAAAGAGAAUCUGGUAAAACUGGGAUCUGACAAGCACCAUCCCCUAGUCUGCCAUCUUCUGAUAUAUGAGGAGUAAUGACUGAAAUAAAGAAUGUUGGAAGUAAGGAUUUCUUAUGUGAAGGGUCAAGUAGUUGCAAGAACUGUGUCCACACGAAGAGAAGUGAAUGUUCAAUGUGUGAGGAAUAUAUUUGGAAAGAGAUAGAAAUCUCUUUGCAUCUCUGCUCUACCCCAGAAUUCAUGAGCUAUAGCUGUUUACUUGGAAUUAAAGAUUAUUCCAGGGAAAGAAUUAAGAAAAUAAAGUACAAAGUAUAUAACUGUGUGAAUAGUCAGCAGAGUCUCUUUGUUAAAUUUCUAUUGUGCAUAUCUGCAGUGAUUAUUUUAAAUAUUUAAUGAAAUUGUGAAUAUUAUCAAAAUGACAGAAAAUGCUGGUUUUUAAUAACAUCUAUAAAGAUUAGAACAAUUUUGAAAAAAUGAAAUUAUUUCUGUGCCUGUUAAACUUUUUGGUUAUCAAGCAUUUAAUUUAGUGAUCAAAAAAUAUUUUCAUUUCCUGUUUAAAAUUACUUAAAUGCGAUUAAUUCGGACCCAAUGAAUAAAAAGAAAUCAUACCGCAAGGUCAAAAACACCAAGUCCAUGCUUCUCAUUUUAAGAUGAGGAAAGAAAGUUUAAGUGAUUUGCCCAAAGGUACCCAGAGAAUAACAGAGCUAGGAUGGGGUAAUAAGAUUUGGAAGAAAAGGAAGAACUAGGUGUAGGCCAUCAUUUAUUAGUGGUUCCAUUUAUUCCUCAGGACUAAGCUUGAGAUAGGAAGGAAGUAGGAAUAUUUGACGAGUCCCUCUAACCCUGUUCCUUAUGAAGUGUACUCUGUUGACCACCAUAGUACCCACUCUAGUCUUGGGCAGAGGUGGUGGGAAAGGAAGAAAGGUAGUGGAAAGAGUAGAGUAGAGGAAUAAGAAAGGAAAGAGGAAGAGAGAGAAAUGUGGCAGCUUCUAGAGUAUCCAGCAGAGGUAGAAGGAAAAGUUUACAGAUAACUUAGACUUUGAUUUGAAUUAAAGCCCCCUAUGAAAGAACUCUUCCCAACCCCAAAACCUGCCUCAGGAAAAACAAAAAUGGACUUUGUCAUUCUGUAUCAACAAGAAAAGCAAUGUGGCAUGGGGAUAGAGAACUGGCCUUGGGAGCAGGGAGACCCGACUUCUAGUCAGGCCUCUGACAUAUUCACUGACUUGGCAAUGCUCUAGGCAAGUCUCUCAGACUGUAUUUACAAUGGUUCUGACAUACAUUGUAGAGGGAGUUUCCUCCUGCAAGAGUUCCCGAUACCAAUGAAAUCCCAGAUCCAGGCCUUCUCCCUAUCCUAUGUCUACAUAUGUAGACUCCCAUAUCCAUAUGUCUACAUGGAGAUAGGUUUGUGAUUUUUUAGGAAUCUUUGACUGCUUUUGAAAAACAAAUUCUCAGUCCAUGUUGGUAAAAAUAGACUUGGAAAUAAUAAUCACUGCUUCUUUUCCAAAGGUACUGGAAAGGAAUGAGUUGAUUUACAUUUCUUUUCGUGUUUAUACUUUUUAAUACAACAAAGAAGACAAUGGGUUCACUUUCAUGAAUAUUGGUUCUGGUUCUGCAUAACUGAAGUCACAGAUUGGUGCUAGUGCUGUAUCUGUAAUAAAGUAGCAUGCUGAGUGCACUAUAUUUACUG